AUUGCACAUCGUUUUCUGUAUGCGUUUAUUCGCCGGAAUUAUGAUCUAUUUAGCUUGUGAUAAAAGAUUUUUCUAAUUAUAAUCGUUAAACAAGUGAACAACAUUUAAUGACGCAAACGUGUGAAAGUGCAUGUAGAUGAGAUGGGCGUUGAACAGCAGAAGCUCCAGUGGUGAUAUAUCUAAGCAACCCCGCGACAGACUGGCGCCGCAUGCUGCGAGCAACGAUGAUGAUGCUAUCGCUUUCCGAUUGCUCCUUUUGAAUGCUCUCGAUUUUGGCCGAUACUUUUCUUCCGUUCCAUUGAAUCCGCACCGCAUCACGGAAGCAGGAUGCCAACCAAGCUUGAAAUUCUGCUCAUCAACAGUGCCGAUGGGAUUUACUAUCCCGGACAGGAAGUUAUUGGCGACGUAAUCGUGACAAUGGCAAAAAGUUGCACCGUGUCUAAAUUGCUUCUCACCAUUUGUGGAGUCGGGAAAUCUAAAUUCUCUGAUCUGAACAGACCAAAGAAGGGAAACUUUCGUGGCAAAGAGCGAUAUUUGAACUCUGAAUUGGUUCUUUAUCAGCCGCACGACAAAUUAACUGAAGUCCCCGCUGGAACUUACAGCCACGGUUUCGCAUGCAAGCUGCCGGAGGCUCUUCCGGCUUCUUUCGAAGGCAAAUAUGGCCACAUACGCUAUUGGUUGAAAGCAACCUUGGAGCGACCCUGGAGACAGUCAAAGAGCUAUACGUUCCACUUCCAGAUCGUUCGGCAGCUGGAUCUGAACGAUGAAGUCCUUCUACCCGUGCGAUCCGAAAUCACCAAAUCGCUUGGCUACUGGCCAUGCGUCCCAAGUGGAGUGCUGUACGCGUCCGUAGAACUCUCCACAUCAGGCUUCGUACCCGGGCAGUUCAUUCCGGCGGUGAUUCAAGUCAAUAACAAGGGGAACAACAAAAUGACAAGGAUAGUGACCAUGCUGGUGCAGAAGGUAGUUUACAGAGCAAGGCGACCGGCCGUGUAUCAGACGGUGGAGCGCACGGUUGUUUGUAAAAAUGUAACGCCCGGAAUUAGACUGCCAGAGGGUGGAGUUCUUGCUGCGGAGAAUCUGCAGGUGCCUUGGGUGUUACCGUCGAGCAGCUAUUCACAUGUGGUCCAAAUAGGAUACGAAGUGGCGGUGGAAUUUCAGUUCGAUACCUGCUUCUUCAAUGCCAACCAGACGGUUCGGGUUCCGGUGACGAUUGGGGUGCUACCGGCGCGGGACUCCAACCUCAUCGAAAGCAAAGCCAUACGGGUGUGGACACGGAAAUCGUGAACGUUGGGUUAGGUUCUGUUUUCACCGCCAAAGACUUAUGGACUACUAUAUGGACUGUUAGAUAUUGAAAUGAAGUUUAAGAGUCGUUUAUUGCAUUGUUGAUACCUAACUAUAUCGUGUUCCAUUUUCUUCGUGAUUCCUUUUUAUG